UGCAAGGAAAGGAGUUUGGUGACAUUGGGAAGUGUUGUAAAGAGAGAAGUAAAAGGUAGGAGAGGAAACAAGAGAGCCUGUCCAGCAUGCCAUCGUGUAUAAUAAAAGGUUGCCCCAAUACUUGGCGUAAGCGGGAUACAUCCGCCAUCAUGCACAGUUUUCCUAUGCAACGUGAUAGAAUACAGAAAUGGCUUGAAAAUAGCGGCCAAUUCAAGAAUAAUCUACAGGAGAUGGUACAGAAGGUGCUCGAUGGGAAAUUGUACGAUACAUAUCGAAUGUGUUCUUUACACUUUGAACAUCAUGCAUACAGAUACGAGGAAAACCGGCGAAGACUUAGACCAGAUGCUCAGCCGACUAUAUUUCAAACACAAGCAUCCACAUCGGGUGAAUCUACUGGAAUUAUCACAGCCAUGCCAUCAACAUUUACCGUUUCCUCUUUACCUACUCAUAGUGUUGUAAGUACUUGCUCUACGGCAACCACCACAGUUCUCACAUUUUCAACAGCUUCUUCAAAGUCUACAACAGUAACUACAUCAGCUUUAGAAACAACCACUCCGUCAACAACCGUUAUUUCCAUCACAACAACUCCACUGUGUACUCCGUUGUAUGCAUCAUCAACCGCUGUGUCGCAAGGAUUAAUGCAACGAUUUGAAAAUUCUGAGCCCUCAACGUCUUCGGGACGGUCCUCUAUACAAACAUCUACUGGCAAGCAGGAUUCUGGUCCAAAAAGAGUUUCAGAAACUAGAAUUCCAUCAACACAAAGCAAAAGACCAAGAACAGCCAGUUUAGCGCAAAGGGAUUUUGCAUCUCAGACUAUGCCUUUUUAUUUUCAUAGUCCAAAGAGCCAAAAAAAUCCUCUUCCAAAAAGAGCAAAAAAUAAAUUGUGCCGUAAAAUUAUUUGUGAAGAAGAAGAAAAUAAAAAGGCUAGAGAAAUUGUAUAUACUGCUGAAGGAACUGAGCACGGUGCUUACGAAAUUCAUACUUGUCAAGAAAAGCAAACGGCUGUGGAGGAAAGUGUUGUUUUGGAAUAUGAUUUGUCAUCAGCAGUUCAAAAUGAAGAAGUUGAGGAAGGUCCAUCCUCUAUUUUCCAAGCCGAGGAGUCAAUUACUACAACUACAUCCACCCAAAUACCAUGGAUGGCUCCUCAACAGAGUACAUACAUUCCUGUAAGAAGUAAUCAAUAUUUAAAAGAACACAACUACAACCAAAUUUUUCGUGAGCAUGAAAUUAUUGACCCUUUCUCUCCAUUACUAGAUCCUCAGCCAACUCAAAUGGUUCUUCCAGAACCUGAUGAAAACAAGCAAAUGGACCAUGAAUCAAUUCCUGGAGAAUGCGCUGAGAAUACUGUGCCAAUAGAAUUCUCAGAAACCACAUAUAUCGAUGAAGACGACACCUCCUUUUAUCCAUCGGAUUGUGAGGAGGAGGUUGAGGAGGAGUCUUGCGUUGACAGUAGUGAGGAUGAAGAGGAGGAGGAGGAGGAGGAGGAUCUUAAUGAAAAGUUUGAGGAUUUAUUUGAUAUAAAUGAAGAUAUAGUCCGUGAUGCUAAAUUCAUAGUUUUCGAAUCCUCCUUGAAAAAACUUAUACGCCUUGUGCCGUGUCAAUUUAAAAAAAAAUGUAAAGGAAAGCUAACUCACUAUCAAAAAAGUUUCCAGGGAAGCCUGAUGAGCUUGAGUGUAAAAUGUUCUCAAGGACAUACCGGGCAUAUAUGGAAGUCACAACCAACUGUAAAUAAUAAACCUGCUGGAAAUCUCAUGUUAUCUGCUGGAAUUGUACUAAGUGGAAAUAGUUUUAAAAAAAUAGAUUGUUAUUUUAAAUCAAUCAAUCUAAAAGGAAUCUCCCCCUCAACUUUCUAUUCAUAUCAGAAAGAUUCAAUUUUUCCUGGAAUUGAUUUAAAGCGGGGUUCACCCUUAGAGGGCACUUUUUCCCCUUCGCUUCCUGCUCGUUUUCUCUAGGGGAA